AUGGAAGAAUCCAAGGACAUCGCCGAGACGCCGGUGCUUGUGCUGGAGACGCCAGAACACGAAAAAAGACCAAACAAUGGCAACGCCGUUCCAGCAAGCUCAGACCCGGUAACAGCGUUCAAACGAUGGGUGAACAGUCUGCGAUCGCGGAGAGGCUUUCCUCCUGUCGAUCCACAAAGAUACGUCGAAGGAUGGAUGGAGAUCCCCCAGUCCGAUCCAUACACUGGCUCCGAAGUGCCGCUUACCCAAGAAGCUCAGGAGAAGAAGUGGGAGUCUUGGUCGAAUCACUCCUCUCACCUGGAGACAGUAAAGACGACAACAAUCAGCAUUGCUAGUCAAAGUGUCGUGCGAUCACGGGGCACUACUCAAAGUACCACAAAUCCGAGCAUCAAGUCGGACCUCCGUGAGUCGCUAGAGAGCAUAAGGCCAGCCCUGAGUUCAUCCAUCGAUGAGGACGCCCAGAACAGAGCGAUCAAGAGGCGCCGUGUUUUGCGAGAGCUGAUUAGCACCGAGUGUGAUUACGUCUUUGGUUUGAAAGCACUUGCUGAUGCACUUUUUAUCUUCUCCGUCAGGCCGGAGAUCUACUAUAAUGUUCAGCAGCUUCGAGAUAUACACGAAGAUUUCCUAGCCCAACUUCGGAAGCUGACACCGAUCUCCAACCUUGCUGGAGCUGAGUUCGAUAGUUUAGUCCCUCAACCAACCCACAAGCACUUUGGCGCCUUUGAAUCGGGCUUUAGAGCACUUCAUUCAAGGUCUCUAAGAUCGCGAAGCUUCAAAGCUUCGGUAAACUCACGUCUAAGGGCCCUCGCCGCAGAGACGAAAGAGGCUUUAGAGGUUGCGCAAGCCUCAAGGAACUUCAUGAUUUACAAGCUGUUCUGCAGUAGCUAUGGUCUGCUCACUUUUGAUGUCGAGCUGCUUCGUUCAUCUGUUCCCAACUGGCGGAUCUUCGACUUGGGUAUUGAGGCACUAUCGAAAUCCGUGGCGUCCAUUGAUAGACAAGCGCACGAGGAGCACAGAUCUAUGAUCUUGGAUGAUCUUCUCAUAAAGCCAGUACAGCGCCUGUGCAAGUACCCCCUUCUACUAGAGGAAUUACUCCGUUGGACACAUAUUCAAGAUGAUCCAUCCGCCCAUGAUGGCAUUCGACAGAUUCUGGAAAGUGUUCGACGGGUCGUGCAAGAAGUCAAUUCAAUCAACAACAACCCCAUAAACAGAGACCUGGUCUUUAAGACGAGGGAACUACAGAACAUGCUGGACUUUCCAGAGGGGAACAAAACCCUUGAUCUAUACAAGCAGCUUGGGCCGCUGAUACUUUGCGGUGUCUUGCAUGUUACCUAUUCCUCCCCUACAGAAUCUGCCGCCGCCAGCUUCAUGGUCUGCGUUCUAUUUAGCAGCCACAUUCUUUUUGCGAGCAUGAACGACGACAAUCGAAGGCUUGAAGCGCUGAUGUGCCUUCACAUCCCGGAUCUCAAAAUCGACACCUUGCACAAUGGCGAAGGCAUUAACUGUGACUGUGUGUUCUCCUGGAAGUUGGUAUUCUAUAACUCUGGUAAGAGAUAUGAGCUGGUGCUCAGCGCAUCGUCUGCAAGCGAGGAGAAGAAAUGGACAACAGAGAUACUCAAGUGUGCGGCAACGUCGACCAAAGUACAAAGAGAUAUUAUAGAGAGGUCACGGCGGUACGCAUUUGUCUCCUUGGAAUUGGUCCCACUGGAUAGCACGGUGCUUCCUUUGUCUCGUCGACCAUCGAUGCAAACAUUAGGCCCACCACGACCGCCAGCGGAGUACCCUAUUGUAGUUAUCAAGAGGACACAUUGCCCGUACCUCCUAGAAGAACAUAACCCAGCGGAUGGCGAUACAGAGCGUUCUCAGGAGCUUCCAGACGAACUCGUGACGACGCUUGUUGCUAAAAGACAAGACCGAAUCCGUUUGGAACGUGUAAUCUCGGCGGUAUAUACACGGAAUGCGCUUCCAUAUCCUGGCAUGACUCUAGCAAUGGGUGACCUUCUUUUCCGACCAGGCUCGAUCAUGAGGAGGAAUCUUAAUCGAAAACAGAUAUUGAGGAGACGUGCGAGCUUUGUGAACGUUAAGGCAACAAGAGCGGCUGCUGCUUCGGCCAAGAGGGAAAUUCGUCCGUUGGACAGCGGUUACAAGAGACUGGAAAAGAGCGACGGGGAGCUUGGACUCGAGAAGCCGAGAUUCAAUGGACCGGUGCUUGAUGACCAUGAGGGCCCUUGUAUUUUACGCGAUAAUAGGGAAACAGUCAAACGUGUCAGGACAUUCAAAAUGGGAGGCACGCCCAAGUCAACACCCAGCCCUGAGACUCCUUUGACCAAGAAGAAGGACACAAGUCAGGAGCCCCCGGAGAGCUCAGCUACGAAGCCAUCGACAAUCCGUAGGAUGUUGAAUUCCAUGUCAACGAGGAAACCGAAAAAGAAUGGACGCAUGAGGGUGGGGAGUGGAGCUUCAUGAUGACAAUGAUGCAACUGAUUUCCAGGGGUCACCAAGCACGGAGGGACAAGCAUAGGCAUGCAUAUCGCGGACAAACUUUUCCAAAAAUUGUACUGGGCGUACUCAGUAUUAUUCUUGCAGUUUCCUAAGGGUUCGAGGACGUGGGGGAAAGUCGAUGCAGGUGUUUGAUGGAGUGCUUGGCGGGAGGUGGGGAUAGUAAUUAGCAGCGUUAGUGAACCAAAACGACCUAAAUUGCUGGAAUGAAGUGCGGCACGAAAAUAGUAGUAGUGAUGAUGAUGAUGAUGAUGAUGAUGC